AUGUUAUUGAAUAAUGAAGCCAGCAGUGCCCAAAGCAUCAAAGGAGAAAUGCCAUGGAGCGAUAAUAUCAAAUUUGAGGUAAAAGAGCCACCGCCACUGUCACCACCACCACUGUCACCACCACCACUAUCACCACCACCAUCUCAACAGCAACAAGAACAACAACAAAAUAUUCCGUGUAGUCCACUCAUAGGCUACAUGGUGAAAAACAACCCAAUUGAUAUCAAACGCGAAGGAGCCGAGAACGACAAAACGAGUAAACAGCAAUUGACUGGAGCAAUAGACAUAGAUAUGAUGACUCCAGUGGAAGAGUCUGACAAUAACGAUGAUGAUGAUGAUAUCAAGCAAGAAGACUCAAUGAAGAGUGAGGCUUUAGCUGAUACCUUAGGGAUGAGCAACAAGUGCUACUACUACCAAUGUCGCCUGUGCAAAAAGGUGUUUUACAAUUUUCAAUCAGUGAUGAAACAUCGCAGGACGAUUCAUAAGAUUAAAGUCAGCCGUCUAUUAAUCAAGCACAUGGAUCUGGAGCCUGAUUUCGAUGACCCAGACAAUUAUUGCAAGAGCUGCGAAAAAAGCUAUACCUGCAAAGGCAAUUACCGAAAGCAUCUCGCAAAAGUGCAUCACAUAGCCAAGAAAAAGAAGAAAGAUAGAUGCUUGCCCUUGUCUCCCAAUCCCAACGAUCCCAACUUGCACUGCUGUUCGUGCAAAACAACGUACAAAAAUCCUGCUUCGUUCAAAGCUCAUCUCUCGAGAGUCCAUGAUAUGCGGCCAUCAAAACGUAGCGUUACUGCGAUCAUACACCCUGAUAUACUGCCUGACUGGAAUGAUCCAAAUUACUAUUGCCCAUCUUGCGAACGCCAGUACAAGGCAAAAUUGCGCUUCGUAAGUCAUUGCAAAAACGUCCACAAAAUGAAGAGCCCAAACAAGCAAAUCAUCCAAACAAAGGAGUUGCCUGACUUGCACGAUCCCAAUUUCCACUGCAACGUAUGCGACAUCACCCACGAAACUGAGAAAAAGCACAGAACGCAUUGCUACAAAGUACAUGGCAUGCGUAUGGCCAUUUCUGAUAUGACUGUGAAAGCGCCAAAUCCUAACCACCAAUGUGACCUAUGUACUAGAACGUUUUAUAACAAGGAUAGGAUGCAUGAGCACCUGUUUAUCGUUCAUAAAAUAGACUGUGACUCGGAAGUAUCUCAAGCACGCAUGGCAAUGCCAGAUAUCAACGAUCCUUAUUAUCACUGCAGCGUUUGCGAUAAAACGUUCCAAGACAGGUCGUAUUUCGCAUAUCAUUUACUCGCCAUGCAUGCCAUUGGAGAACAGCAGGCUCAAGAAAAAGGAGGAUUGAAACCUGAUCUUGACGAUCCCAACAACUAUUGCCGUGUCUGCCAAAAGAGUUUUUGCUCCAAGGCAAAUUAUCGUGUUCAUCUUCGUUACAUUCAUCAAAUAGUACUCACAAGAGCCUCAGCAUAUGACCCCAACCGAUCCCCCGACCCUCUUGAUCCCAACUGGUAUUGCAGAGUUUGUCAAACAUACUACGGCGAUCACUUUAAAUAUCGACAGCAUUGUAGAGUAACACAUCGCAUGAAGCUCACCCCGGCGACCAAGGUUAAUGUAUAUCCCAACGCAGAAAUCGAUAUAUACGAUCCCAAUCAUUACUGUGCGAAAUGCAACAAGAACUUGAAGAAUCAGAGGCAAUUCUUUACCCAUUUGAGAAAAUGUCAUCGAAUAAUGCAGCUAAGAAGCACAAUAAGUAAUCCAAGGGCCACAAUUGACAAGAACGAUCCCAAUUUCUAUUGUGCACAGUGCGAAAGGCAUUAUUCCUCCAGCGGAAACUUCAAGGCUCACUUGAGUAAAAUUCACCAAAUUACAUAA